CGUCCUCAUUAAUCAAAGCGCCGUUGAGCAGAGCAUAAUCUGCUUAACUAAUAUUAUUGGCACAAAAGGAUCUGAAAUGUACAAAAUAGCGAUAAUCAGCGGGCUUUUGCUGUUUUCACACCUCUGUUACUACAAAGACUAAUUGGUUUCGGUGCAUCGCGAUCUCGUCACAUUAAAGUCUUUGCGCGCCCCCGUGGAUCACACACGCCCUUCAUCCCUCUGGUUUGACACAUGUCUUCAAAGGACGUCGGCGGAGGGGCGUGUGGGUAUAAAACCUCAUCCUCGACCGUCCACCUGGACCAUCUGGGUUCUAACCGUGGAAAGCACAACAUCACGCUCGGGAAUCAUGACGGGACUCAGGAGGAACUGGUCUUUCUCGCUCCUGCUUCUGGUGGACUUGGUCGCGGGUCUCUCCAGACACCCGGUCCACAGGAUCCACGCUGACGCACUGCGCCGCAGGACGACUGGCGGCUCCGCACCCGUCGAGCAGCGGCGGGAGGCCGGCCGGCUGCCGCUCUACAUGAUGCAGCUCUACAGGACCACGCUGAGCGAGGAGCGGCCCAGGAGUCCGGACGCGGGGCAGAGUCGGAGCAGAGCGGGGGACAACGCGGGUCUGCAGGACUCCGACUUUGUGACGAGCGUCGUUGCUAAAAGCUGCCAGCAGGUCGGCACCAGGUGGUCCAUCACCUUCGACGCAUCCUCCGUCUCUGCACGUGACAACAUCCAGCUGGCCGAACUUCGCAUCCGGCUGCCGGCCUUCACGGGGGCCUCUCGGGCCUCGGUGGACGUGUACCACUCCCAGCGGGUGCCGUGCCCGCGGCUGCCGUGCCCAGAGAGGAGGCUGCUGCUGGGCCGCCUCCGCGCUCGGCCCGCUCUCGUGGCCUCGCCGUCCUCCUGGAAGGUGUUCAACCUGACGGAGAUGCUGGUGCGCUGGCUGCAGCGGGAGCCCUCCGCGCAGGGGGCGGGGGCGGGGGCGGGGGAGGAGGAGGAGGCCGCCGGGGCCGUCCAUCACCCCACGGCCAACCAGGUCAUGAUGGUGGUCUUCUCCAAGCAGGACCCGCACGGCCGGCCCACGCCCACGCUCAUCCACACGGCGGAGAGCUCCAAGUACGUGAGCCUGGACAAGGAGCGCGCGGCGCCGGGCCCGGGGCCCGCGGCGAGGAGCCACCGGGUCAAGAGGCACCACCAGGCCAAGAAGCCCGCGGAGGCGGCGCGGAGGCCUCUCUGCAGGAGGGUGGACAUGUGGGUGGACUUUGAGAAGCUUGGCUGGAGCGAGUGGAUCGUCUACCCCAAGCGCUACAAUGCCUACCGCUGCGAGGGAACCUGCUCUACGCCCGUCCACGACUCGUUCAUCUCCACCAACCACGCGUACAUGCAGAGUCUCCUGAAGCUGCACCAUCCGGACAAGGUGCCGUGCGUGUCCUGCGUGCCCACGCGCCUCGCUCCUCUCUCCAUGCUGUACUACGAGGACGGGAAGAUGGUCAUGAGGCACCACGAGGACAUGGUGGUGGAGGAGUGCGGCUGCAACUGACAAGGGAGCGCUCCACAAGCUGUUUGAGGCUCCGGCAGACGGGCGAAAGGGCUCCGCAGCCACACAUCUGAGCAAAUAAGUGGACGGACGUCCACAAGCACUUCAGCGAGAACUCCAGUGACAUGGACACGGCUCGCGGAUGCAGGAACCGAGCUUUCUAAAAGGGUCUGACCCAACUCCUGCCUUGGAUUCCAUGUGAUCAACUGUAAUUUAGAAUUAUAGCGACGGACAAAAGCACGACACGUUCACAGACUGAAGCACUAUGAGAAGACUACAAGCUGAUUUUUAGUUUUAACCAGACUGCAGUUGUAGAAACGCAAACAUCAUAACGGGGCGAGCGCUUGAUUGUUCUUAAAAUGUCUGGGUCACAUUGACCCAUUUAAAUGUUUGCCACGAGCAGUUAUUCAA